GACGUUUCCGAAGAGGCUGUCAUUUGUGUCCAUGACGAAGAUUUCAGUGACAGAAGUUCAAUGAGCGAAAGUGAUGAAGGGUGUGAAUGAUACUGCUUGAAUACCUACGUUUCUCAAUGCUCUUACGCUUUUUUCCCUACUAUUUGUAUAGAGUUUUUGAUGGAUACUACAAGGAAAAUCUAUCACUUUCGCAAUUUAAGAGUGGUAAAGAAGUCCUCUCGCCAGAAGAGAGAGUCAAAGUUUUACUUGUACCCCAUCCUCCUGAGCGAGUAUGUAAGAUUACACCCACCAAUGUAUCAAAUAACGUUACAUUCUUGAUUGACGCCUCUGAAUUUAAAGAAUGGGAUGAUUGGAAAUGUGACGAUAUGGGUGCUUGGAAAAACAAUGGGGUGAAAAAGACUCGAUUUUGUCUUUCUGAGGGAAGGAUAAGCGAAGUAGGUCAAUGUAAAACCAAGAAAAAUGAAGGUUUCUAUACAUUGGUGAGAAUGUAUUACAAAAGCAAGACAUCUCCUGACAUCAAGAAGUACGUGGCAUAUCUAGAAGAAAAUAAAGCAUUAUUAAUGGUUCAGUAUAUCUUCGAUGGAGAAGAACACGAAAUUACGCCCAGUCCUCAUGGUAACUCACGGCAGAAACAAGCAGGUGGAUAUAUUCGCACAAAACCAAGCAUAUUAAAAAGAGUAAAAGAAGUUGCUGAAACAUCUGGACCUAGAGGAAUCUUUCAUCGUGUGAGCGAAGAAAGUGGUGGUUACUUAGGUGCCAGUGCUGCAAGUGAUCUUCCCAGAAACAGAACGCAAGCCAAAAAUUGCCGAGCCAAAACAAAGCAAAUCACGAGUAUUAAAAAAGUUGACUCUCUUGCUGUUCUUCUCCAGGAGUGCAAGAGGCAGCAAUUAAGCCAAGGGAAAGAUCCCUUUAUUCGUGACGUAUCAGCUGCUCCUGAACUCAGAUGUGUUCUGUGUUGCGAUUGGCAACUUAAUGAGAUCGAGCAAUUCUGCACUGAUCCUCAAAACUUUGUAAUAUUUUCUGCAGAUCCCACAUUCAAUCUAGGAAACUACAAUUUAACUGUUACGACGUAUCGCAAUUUGAAAGUUGUAACAAGAAGAGAAGGUCAUCAUCCUUUAAUAAUUGGACCUCUUCUAAUUAGCCAAACCAAAACAACCGAAUCGUAUGAUUACUUCUUUGGGAAAUUGACUUCCCUUAAUAGAAACAUAAAAAACGUUCUUGCCAUUGGGACAGAUGGGGAAGAGGCUUUGAUCAGCGCGAUGAAGAACAGUAUGUGCUAUGCAAUUCACUUACGAUGCUUUGGGCACUUCCGCGAAAACUGUAAAUUACAACUGAGAAAAUCAAAUGUGUCGGAUACAGCACAAAAUACUUUUCUUGAUGACGUAUUUGGAAAAAAAUCAGGGGAAAUUUAUGAGAAGGGCUUACUAGACUCCAUCGAUGAAAGUGAAUUUUUCUCCAAUCUCAAUGCGCUGAAAGAGAUAUGGGAUAAAAGAGAACGUUCUUUUUUGGGUGCAAAUCAAGAGCCAUCUUUCUUCAAAUUUAUAUAUGAAAAGACGCAAAUGAUCGCAGAAAGUAUGCUGACAGAAGUUCGAAAGAAUUGUGGAAUGGGAGACCCACCCACACCAUUCUACACAAAUGUACCUGAAUCUGCCAAUGCUAUCAUAAAAAGAGCAGUGAACUUUCAAGAAAAUGAGAUGUCAACAUUUGCGAUGAAAAUGGGACAACUAAUCAAGCAACAACGUGAAGAUGUAAGAGGUGCUUUACUUAAUAGCGGUCCCUACAGGCUAAUCGAGAAGUAUUCUCAUCUUCAACUCACAAAACAACAAUGGUUUGCUAAGAGCGCUGCCCAACGUAAAGCUCACGAAAGAAAACUGGACCAGACCUUUUGCGUAGAGGAUGAGCAAACUAAAGAAGACGAAUGUCUUUCUCUAUUCUUAUCAAUGACACCCGAGGACGCUAACCUAUCGAGUGUACCAGUCCAAACCGUGGAAAGAGUUUUCAGAAAAGCUCAGAAACUGUUAAUGCAGGAUGGAGCUAUAGUUUCAGCCCCAGGAGGAAACAGUAAAUCUUUUCUCGUUUUAAGCAAAACAUCGCGAAGACCUCACUAUGUAUUCAUUGAAAAUAGUGGGAAAGUUACGUGUGAAAACUGCCCUGGAUGGGCCUCUGCACACUUUUGCAAACAUGCUGUGGCAAUAGCAGAAAAAACAAACAGCCUAAAAGAAUAUGUUGCAUGGCUGGAACGUACAAAAAAUCCCACUAACGUUACAACUCUUGUCACCUUCGACUCUAGUAAAGGUGUUGGAAAAAAGGGAAAUAAGCCAGCUACCAAGCGAAGAAAGGGAGGUAGAAAAAAGAAAGACAAUGAUUCGAUAAUGAUUGUGGAUCGAAUAAAUCAGACUAAUUUGCAAUCACAGCAACAUCAGGUUCUUCUUCAUAAGCCACAAACUAUAGGGCAAUAUUAUUUUCAACAGCAGUAAACACAAAUCGAGCAGCCAAAACAGCAAGUACAACAAAAACAUUCACAGAACUUACAACAUCUCCAUCACCAUCAUCAAAAUUUGCAAGAACAUGCACAACAACUAUGCAAUCCACAAGAAUCCACACCAUACAGGCAUUACGAUCGGCUCAACAUAACAGGUCAAUUAGUACGUGAAAACACACAUCCUCUCAUAUCGCAACCCUCCCAACAGAUUAACCCUUUUCCAUUAUCUGAAGAUAUCUGCAUUUCUCCUGGAUAUCCUAACCCAAUUUAUGGGUCGUAUCUACUGUAUUUACUGCAGUAUUGUCCACCUCAAGUGAAAACAUGCUAUGGAUGCAGUAAGCAACUUAAACCAGGUGGUUUCAUAAGAAAUUCUCCUUAUGAUUUAGUAAUUGUAUCAAACACAUUGAGAGGAUAUUAUGAUAACGAAGGAACGCUAAAACAACGUCCAGGAAACGUCUAUUACCAUGUCAACACAGGCUGCAUAAGAAGUAAACAAUCCCAUUUUGCGGCAACACUUGUGCAUGUGCCUUAUAGUAUUAAAUGUAGAUUGAAGAAUGAGCAUGAGAUAUUCCUUCGGGAAUUCGGCAUAAUUUUGUAGACAAGAGAACCUAUUUUGGUGUUGUCAUAUACUUUAGGUAUUAACAAAAAUUAUUUAUUCUGCUGAUCUCUUUUUUUUAAUUUUAACUUAAAUGCAGUGCAAGCAAAAAGGUCACCUCAAAAUUAAGUUUCAAGUAAAUUAUGUCGAAGAAGAUGAACGUAUAACAUGAAAUAUACAAUUUCAAACUCUUCACAUAUUUCGGGUUCAUUGCCUGUUCAUUUCUCUGCAUAAUUAAGUCUGUCAAAAUUUAGCUGUAAAUAUCAUCGUACAAUCAUUAAAAACAAAGCU